AUGGUGCGUAGGAAGGAGGAGGCAGCAUACAGGAGGGGCGUCAGAGAGGGAAUAAGGUACAAGUUAACAGAGUUCCCAGCGACUAUGCAAGAAGAAUGGAUAGAGGGGGAGCUGUUGAGCAUCUGCAAGGGUCCCUUCCAUCUCCCCGUCGGAGUGUUCCUCGCUAGGAGGAACAACCAGACCUGUCAUUGGGAGAUAGACUCAUCGUGUGAGGUGCGCCAGGGGGACACCAUUUUUGACGUGGAGCGCCACCUGGGGCUGCAUAGGUCAGGGCUCUCGGCCGGAAGGCUGGCCUCCCUGUCAGCGGGGAAGACCUGGUUUCACGAGGCGAAGAUCCGGGGCAAGCAGGGAGUGGACCCCGGGCCUUCAUACAGCGGGACGCCAGGGUAG